AUGAAACGUCUAAAGUUCGUUACCAUUAAUUUCAAACAACACUUAACUUUACAUGAACACGAUGAGUUUACCCAGGUCGAAAAUAUCGGUCAAGGAGGAUUCGGAGCCGUGGUCAAAUCAAAAUGGGCAAUGCAAGAAAAAUUCGAUUACCAGAAACGAGGUGGAAUGGAUGAGAAGACCGAUAAUUGCUACGGAUUGCCUGCAUAUAUGGACCAUCGAUGUUUUAAACUUCCUCCUGAAUAUGAUCAGAAGUCUGAUAUCUUUAGUUUUGGUGUAAUCCUCUGGGAAAUAUCGAGCGGCAAAUACAUCUGGAUGAUCUUGCUAUUGGCAUGCGAAUAUCCUGCGGAGAUAUGGAAAUGCCCGUAG